GUCAAACGCCUUUGUGUUAACGCUCGUUUGAUCGAUUUUAAUUCGAUUUAAAGUCGAUCCACGCGCUUUUAACAUCCCUUUUGGUAACAUCGCAGCGAUAAACUGAAAUGUGACAUUGUAGUCGUUAGUUCCCUGCAUAGUCGCAUCAAGGACGGAAUGGAGCUCCUUGGGAAAGACGACCACGUGAGGCUGCUGCAAUUUUAGAUUAAAAAAUUAUCUUCAAAUAUACACGCGGAUGUCGUGAUCGCGAAUGCGGAGGGGAGGAGUAGGCAGUGACGCCAAGGGCUUGGGGGAGGGGGGCUGCAGGGCGGUGCUCAUCUCCACGCUCCCUCCCGCCUUCUCCCCCAACCACCGUCGCCUCCCUUCUUCCCUGGGCUGCUCCUCCUCCUCCCUCUCCCCUCCUCCUCCUCCCCAACCCGGCCCGGCGACGAGGGGCAAUGGUGCUGCUCUCUUGCGAUCUGCGCAGAGACGACAGCCGUACGAUGGACGCGCGGCCCCGCCAGCACGCGGUGUUCGAAGCGGGCGGCUUCACGUGGUCCAAGUACAACGUGAGUUAGCCGGCACACGGGGAAGGGGGCAGCGAGGUAGUGGUGGAGACGUGAGGAGAGGUGGACAGGAGGAGACAUACUUGGAGCGAGGAGGAGGUGGUGGUGGUGGAGACGAGAAAGAAGACAACACGGGGCAGGCAAAGACGACGACUGGACGGUGGUGAUGGGGGAGGAGGUGGCGGCGAGGAGGAUGGAGGAGGAGGUGGUGGAGGAGGUGGUGGAGGAGGAGAUGAUGAUGGUGGCUGGUGGAGGUGGCCGCUCCGUUCCGGAGCUGAUGGGGACGAGCAGGAGGAGGAGGAGGCCCUGUACAGCUUCUGCUGCCACUGCUGUGCUGUGCUUUUGGUUUGCUGUUGGUGCUGUUGCUGCCCAGAACCCCAACUAUGCCUCCAACUCAAGCCAACUCCACCUUUUGCCCCAGAGCUAUGCAGAACUGGACAAUGGAAACGCUUCUCAGCUCCGUGACUACUCUGGCCAUCAGCAAGGCGUUGAGCACGCAGAACCAUCUGAAGGACACAUCCUUAUAGUCGAACAAGCUGGAGAAGCGGGUCCUUCCGUCGCUUCCACUUUAGGCCCUACUCCUAAUCAAGACUAUAAACAGCCAAAGUCGCUGCCAAGUCACGGCAAUCCACGCCGAGAGCUACGUGAGAAGCCUGUUCACGGUCGCACCGGAAGAUCCACGGAAGACGGCGAAAGCGCCCAGUCCAAUGUUCUGCUCUCAGGGAUAUCCCAGCACCGCCGACUGGACUUGAAGGAAGCAAUAGGUGGAAGUGGAAGAAAUGGUGAGGACAUCGGGCACCUACGUGGAAGGAGGACCAGGAGCGCCAGGGAGACGGACAUGUUUACAGAAUUGGAAACAAAACUACCAAAGAAUGUGAGAAACCAUGACGUCGAUGGCCUGUCCGAACAAGAGCACAGGCUUAGAAGCUACCAUCGGCAUCAUCCAUGGAUUGGAACGCCCUAUGAUGGUGUCUCAGGACCCACGGAAUCCAGAGAAGGCCACUGGAGAGAUUCACCAGGCGAGCGGAGAGUCGGCACCACCAAGAAAAUCAGACACAGGCGGAAGAAACCAAGCGUGCAAGAGAAACGCAGACCCAGCAUCGGCACCAUCCAAAUCAAGGAAAGCAGCUCCCCAGAAGACAUGCACGAUGCUGACUCCAUGCCUCGACCACCUGUUGGCCACAGCUCUCGACACAUCCCGCUGCGACGUGGAAGGAAUCCCAGGCUGGAAGGAAAUGCAGAACAUCUGCUGGCUGAAUUGGUUGAAACUCAUCGAGGAAGGCCAGAACCGCGGUUAGGUCAUCAGAAGAUGGCAGCUGGAGUGGCCAGACCAAAGCAAUCAACAUCCCAGCAGGGCCAACUCGACACAAGCAGAAGGCAACACCAUGAUGAGAAGCCCAUUGAGCAGGUUGGUUUCCCAGCAGAAGGUGAAGAUACACUGGACAGUAUGUCGAGGGAGACACUGGCAGUCGAUUUGCCAGCCGGGCAUGAAAUGUACUCAAAUCCACCAAGAUUCGCGCCUAUUUAUAGAACUUCCGACAACUCGGCAGCACCAACAAAUGAAGACAACCACGGCUUGGAUGUGGAAAUGGCAAGCGCGGUGUCCGCGGCGCCUGGCAGUAGCAGCAGCAACAACAACAAGAACAACAACGAGAGCGCCGGUGAAGAGAGCCAGUCCCACUACUGGCGCGUGGACCCGCAGUCCGGGAUGGAGGUGCUGUGCGACAAGUGCCCAGCUGGCACGCGCGUGCUUUCGCACUGCACGGCGAACGAGCUGCGUGUGUGCGUGGCCUGCAAGCCGGGCACCUUCUUGGAGCACGAGAACGCGGCGAACGGCUGCCGGCGCUGCGGGCCGCCCUGCAGCGAGUCUGAUGCCGUGGAGCGGGCGCCGUGCACGCAGCGGCACGACCGCGUGUGCGCGUGCCCGGCAGGAUGGUACGCGCGCGACGGUGGCGACGGUGGCGACGGUGACGACGCGGUGCCCGGGCGGCACCUGCGCUGCGCUCCGCACACCAUGUGCCCGCCCGGAUGGGGCGUCCGACGCAGGGGCACGGAGACUCGAGACGUCAGAUGCAAGCAGUGUUCCCGCGGCACCUUCUCCUCCGAGGAGUCGUCGACCACCCGCUGUCGCCCCCACACGGAUUGCGCGCUGCUCAAUCUCCACAUUGCCUCCCCGGGUGACGAACGCCAGGACAACGUGUGCGGUGGCAACGCGGGCUCGGCAGAAGAAGAAGGUGGAGUGGUGGACGCUCAGGCAGAGCCGAGCCGCGUCCCCACGCCAGCCAGUGCCGCCCUGCCUGGUGGGGCAGAGGAGGAGGGUGGGGUAGAGCUGGUGGCCCCAGCCACACCACGUUCUAGCGGUAAGCAUCACCUGGACCCACUUCCUCUGCCCAGUGGUGCCGACAGCAGAUAUGCACCUUCACCCUCAGGGCUCCAACCACAGCCAGGAGAUCCUCAUCAGCAGGGCCUGGUUACAUCACCACUCACUCUGGAGAGCCGAGGUAGCGCCAUUUGGCAAACCAAUCCCGAAUCUGAUGUCGCUACCACUGCCUUCAGCUCCGACAUCCCAAUCACACCAGCGGGCGACAGCGCGCACACCUUCAGCGCUCAAAACGAGAGUGGCAGUAACAUGACCAAAUUGCCAAAGCGCGCAGUGCCAACUAUAUCCGGAGACAGCACCUCCGGUGAAAUCCCCACGAUGCAAGCGCGGCCCUCCCUCGACGAUGUCGACCGACGCGACAAGGCAUCGCCACCGUCAAGGGAGCCACCCCGUCGCUGGCCACCCCUCUCUGGCUCAUCGGCGGCGAACAUUCCGCCUGGGCUCAGCAGGAUUCCUUCCCGCUCCUCAUCAGGCCGCGCUCUGGCCAAGCCUCCGCAGCCUCCGCCAGCGCCCUUUGACAUCAACGAGCACGUGGCCUGGCUGGUGGUGGUUUUCAUCCUGCUGCUGCUCGUGGUGGCAGUGGCGUGCAGCGUGUACCGCAGCUCGCGAGUGCUACGCAAGGGGCCUGGGGAGCCGCCCGAGACCAUCCGCCAACGAGCCGUGCCGCCCCAGAUGCAGCAGCAGCAACAGCAGCAGCAGCAGCAUCAGCAGCUGCCCCAUCACCACCAUCACCACCACCACCAGCAGCAGCAUAGUCAGAGGGCGAGAGGGCAGUCCCGCACGCAGCUCAACCUGCAGAUUGCAGAGCCGGCGAACAAGUGGGUCUUCAGCUACCAGGGCCAACGCGUGGACAUCCUGCUUCUCGUCGCCGGCCACAUCGGCUGCCAGUGGAAGGAGCUGUACCGCGCGCUGCUCGCUUCGGCCGCUUCCUCGUCCUCCGCGGUGGCGGCGGCGGCGACCGAGGACCCGACGGCGCUGGUGGACGAGUCGGCGCACGCCUCCUACCAGGAGGCGGCGUACGCCGCGCUGCUCGGGUGGACGGCGCUGGACGCCGAGGCCAACCUGGCGCGUCUCAUCGGGGCCCUGCGCACGUGCGGCUGGAACAGCCUCGUGGAGCGCAUCCGCGCCAUCAUGGAGGACUCCGCGCUGACGGAACGGGACGAGGUGGGUCCCCUGCCGAUGGUGCUUUGUGCCGGGCGGGGUACGCGAGGCUCCCUGGCGCCGGGGUCUGACGCGGGGACGCUGUCGGGGGCCGGGGUUGGGGCCGGUGGCGAGGGGCGGCUGGGCCUCCACACGCCCGUGGGCGGGGCCUGCAAGCCGGGCCGCACCGCCCCCUUCCAGGACGAGUCGGAGCCGCUGCUGCGCUGCGACUCCACCUCGUCCGGCUCGUCCACCGGCUCCGCCAAGGCCUGGUCCUUCAUCGCCAAGGAGAAACGAGACACCAUCCUACGACAGGUGCUGGCCGACUCGCUGCAGCUGCAGCCCAUCUUCGACGACGUCUUCUCGCUACUCUCGGUGGAGGAGCUGCGCGCCGUGGAGGCGUGUGGCCAGCCCGACGAGAAGCUGGAGCGCAUCUUCGACAUCCUCGGCUGCAAGAGCCGCGAGGCGAGCCAGCGGCUGCUCGACUCGCUCUACGAGCACCUGCCCGAGCUGCUGUGAGGCGCCGUUUGACAGGAACCGUCGGCGCCGGAGUGGCCGCCCUCUUACUAGGGUCACGGGCCGAGCCGCUGUAAAACUCACGCACGUGCGCACGCUCCGAACUCCUCUCUGCUUUGCGUCAUCUCCGCAACGUAAACGCCCUGUUUUUUUUCGAGCAGAAGAAGAUGUUGCAGAUUCACUGGGUUUCCGCCAGGUCGGAAAACGCAUUCACGAGUUAACUUUUUCCCACCUCCGCAAACAACCUUGAGACUUGCCGGCGGAGACCAGUCGGCUACAGCCUGAAACCAGCUGCCGUGCUCGCACACGCACACACGCGAGCGUACACACGCGCGCACGUUUACCCGUGAGUGAGCGUCUGUGCGCGCAUCACGUGACUUCCUCACAAACACGGUCAGUCUGAACGCUCCAACCGGGCGGUCACGCCUGGUGUCGCACAUUUCUUGGUGUGGACAC